AUGCUUCGACUCUCUGGUGGAUCUGGCAACUCUUCGCAAAGAGGUCAUACUUCAAGCGCCGCAGAGAUAGCUUUGAAACCUACUGGGACCUCGGUGGACACGUCUAUAUCAGAAGUUCUGUGUGGAGCACGCGCUCAAGUCGAGUGGAAGGAUCGUCCGUCGAAUUUGCGAGGCGGGAUCCACAGCCAUGAUAUGGAUAUUAUAACAAAAGACCUUUCCAUCCAAGGACUUCGAGUGAAGCAUCCCAUCAUCAAAGACAACACUAGUGGUUUCGAAUACCAUGAUCUGAACCAGGCAAUAGCACCGCAUUCUUUUUCUUUAUCUUGCCGCCACAGCAUUCGAGAGUUAGGACUCGGAGAAAUAGAAUGUUAUUGUGAGAAUGAUAUCGAUGUCUUCAUCUCCGGCUACGUCAUCUUUCUAAAUAUCGAUAUGGAGAUCUGUGCGGUGCCGAGUGGAGUAUUAUUGAGUACCGAAUGGAUGAUCAUUACGACUUUCGCCGAAGAUCUUGUCAUGGGGAAGGUAGAGAGCUGUUGGACGGCGUGGAGAGGUUUGGAAGUCGUCGUUCUAAAAGAGCAUGUCAGAUAUAAAUGGAAUAGCUUAUAG